AUGCGUUGGUUACUCGUAAGUCAUGACGACAAUUCCAUAUCGAAACAAUGUGGAGAAUUACUAGAAGUAGCAGGACAAAUAGUUAUCUGUAAUUAUCAUCAUGGCAAAUCAUCAAUACAACAAAUAAAAGAUAAAAUUAAUAAUCAAAAACCUGAUCGAAUUAUUGUUUUUAUGAAUGAAAAAAGUUCUUCAGUACUUUUCAAUACAAUCAAUGAUCAUUUAUUGAUUCCUCUAUAUAUAGCACCGACUACAAUGAAUUCUUAUUUCAUCUAUUUCUGUUCUUCUAUUCACAUGUGCACCAAACGAUAA